AAAGCAAAGCACACAGCAAAAGCACGCAGCAAGCAAAGAGGGCAGCCCUUUUUGGACGGAGAGCGUCUCAGAGCAACCAUCAAGGACUUCGCCGAGGCGCGCGGGCAGCGUCCGCAAAACCGGGGGCAGCGUGCGCACCAGCAUUAGAACGCCAUGUUGCAAUGUGCUUGGGAGCUUGGUCUAGUGGCAGGAUACGCGCUUCGGGAGCGCGAGGUCGUGGGUUCGAUUCCCGCAGUUCCCCAUCGCACGUCGCACACGUAGCUGCGCGCGCAGCCGGCAGUCGCGGGACGCGCGCACCCCCGACGCAGGCCAAUGACCAAAGAUCGCGCGCUUACAUGGAAGAAAAUGCGGGCGCAGCAGUCUCGGAGGAAGAAGGCGCGCAUGCGGACGGCCCUCGAGGUCAUCCGCCGCUUGGAAUGGGACCCGGCCUGCUGCGCGGCGGCGGUCGUCGUCGGCUACCACGACCGUAUCUUAGGCGAGAUUGUCGAGAAGCCGCUCGACGCGUUCUCGCGCUGGGGCGCGAUCGAGCUCGCCGGCGAGGACGAUCUCGCGAUCCCGCAGCACCGCGUCGUCUACUUCAAGAGCGGCGACGCCAUCGUCUGGGACAAGCGGCGCAUCUACGACGGUUGCCGCCUCGACGGCGUCUACGGGAGCACGGGUCACGUCAAGGUCGACCUGUCGGAGAUCGCGGCGCGGCGGCGCGGGUGGCGGCCCAAUCACGAAUGA